GUGCUGCAUUGUGCAUAAACCUGCUCCAGGUGUUUGUGAUCAUGUGACUUGGUGAGUGACGUGAACAUGAGCAGUGCUGAUGGAUGCUGUAGUCCCGCAAGCUUAUCGGCUCUAACCUGACACCUGAUCAUGAUCAUGAUGGAAAGCUUGAUUAGAGAAUCAUUUACAAAGUUGCAGAAAUAAAUCACUUUGUAUUUGAUACUUACAGACUUUUAUUUUGUCCUUCAGAUUGUGAUUUUUUUUCUGACUCCUCAGCUGUCCGUCCAUCAUGAAGCUGAAUCUGUUUCUCCUGUUUCUCACUGGUCUGGUCCCAGUCACUGUAUCUGUCCUGAGAACCGUCCCUCACAAUUAUGACCUGAUGCUGACACUGGUGACCUGGCCUGAUGCACAGAGUUACUGCAGGGUGAUGUACACUGACCUGGCAACAAUCCUAAGUGAUACUGAUUGGCUACGAUUUGAGAAAGUAAGCAAAGGUCGGACAAUACCUGCCUGGGUCGGAUUGUACAAUGAUGUCAAUAGCUGGCGCUGGUCCUUAAACGAUCUCUCACUGAAGAAGGUCCCUUAUACCAAUUGGCACCCUGGACAGCCUGAUAAUUAUUUUGGAAAAGAAGCAUGUGGUCUAAUAUCUGUAAUUGGUGAAUGGUGGGAUGACCAAUGUAGAAGACUAAUGCCCUUCAUAUGCUACAAUGCUAAUUUCAGUGGUGCUGCCAGGUUCAUCGGCAUCAGUAGUUCUUAUUUAACCUGGCCUCAAGCUCAAACUUACUGCCGAACACAUCACACAGACUUGGCCAGCUCUCUGAACAGCUCAGACAACGACAUGUUACUGCAGGUGAGUAGUAUCCAGGGUGAUUCCUGGAUUGGGCUUUACAGAGACACAUGGAAGUGGUCAGACGGGACCAACGCUUCAAACAUCCCAUGGGGUCCUGGAGAACCUGAUAAUGCUGGGGGUUACGAGAACUGUGCAGGGGUUUAUAACGGACUGUUCUUCGAUCAACAAUGCAUCGACCUGCACUAUUUCUUCUGUCACACCAUUUACCCAGCGAGGAGUCAGAUAAUGAGACUGCAGGUGAAGUCUGAUGGGAGUGUGUUUGAUCCUGCUGUGCAGUCGUCCAUUUUAGAUCAGAUCAAACAGAAACUGGAGGAAAAAGGCAUGUUGGAGAACACCACAGUGACCUGGAAGGUGCAGCCAGAUGGAAACAUCUUCCACAAGAAAAAGGAUGAUCUGUAACGUCUAAACGCUCACCUUCAAGUCGAGCAGAUUCCAAACUGACUGAAAUGUUAUUUAACCUACAACAUUUAAGCUUUAAUCAGUAGGCAGUGUCAGAGGACAAGAUUAGCCAGAAGUAGAGGAAUAAACGUAUUUAAUUGCUCUGAUUGGAACACGCCCACUUUGACAGUCAGUUUUCAAUGUUAUGGCAAAUAUUUAAUAUUUAAGAUGUUAUUUUAAUAUUAAUGAGGAAAUAUUUUCCUCAUAAAAGCGUCUGCUAAAUGAAUAAAUGUAACUGUUCAGCUUUUGCUGCAAGAGGCCACUGAACACAGUGAUGAGGAGAAAGUCAGAGAGGGUAUGUUCAAUACUGGGUGUAAAGGGGUUAUAUGAUGAUUAAACAUUGUUAAAAGUGAAUUAUUUUGUUUGUUGGGUGUAAUAGAAUAGGUUAACAUGCUUUUAUGCUUAAAAAACACAUUAUUUUUCACAUGCUAUACAUUAUUGCAGUACUUCUAUUCCCGGCCUGCCUGAAACACUCUGAGUAGGUUCCGGUUUCUCCAAAGCUCUAACGUUUGAUAAGUUUAUAUCAGGUAACGGCAAUCCGCUACCUCUUCUCUGUAGCCUUUUGAGUACUUCUCCUCUUGAGCCGCUUUUCCUCCCUUUCCCUUUAGUCUGUUUGAGGUUUAGGUCGACCGAUAGGCUCUUUGGGACAUUUUUUAAGAGUGUUGAGUCUGUGCUUGGUGAUAAAGCAAGUGGGCACAAGUCCAGCAGUAGCCUCUGUGAUGUUUUCAUAAGGCCAGACAAAGGGGUAUCGAAACACACAGCGUCUCCACGACAUGACGCCAAACAAUUCACUGAAGUCUCGCCUUCUUUCUUCGUACCUGCCUUUGGGCGGGAUUAUGCUAAUAUUUCAAACAGUGACGCAGAUGUUUGCGGAAGUAAUAUCUGGACUUCAAUCAAGGCGUUUUAGGCGGGUCUGGAGCAGUGUUCUCUGUUAGACAGAAUAAAUCCCUUUGUGAUGAUGAGCUUUGUAACGUUGCAGAUCUUAUACAUGCACACAAAGAUAGAUUACACACUAAAUAAAAAGGAAAACAUUCAACAGCAUCAAAUGACCCCUUUAAUGCAUCAGUGUGUCAUAGUAAAGAAUAAUUCUUAUAUAGAAGAUUGUAACAGAACCUGUAAAUACACGGUGUGUACUUUGGACAGUCAUAUAUAAUGCACUUGACACUUUUACUUUAAUUUUCUUCUUCCAAAUCUAGUUAUAAAUAUAUACUCAUUUCUUGUUUUGUUUCCAUUUCUGUAUCUAAAGGCAUUAAUAAUAUAAAUUAAUAUCAUCAAUAAACAAUUUUGAAUAUAAACCUCUUGUAACUAUUUUGUAGUCAGAAUUAAGAAAGGUGUUCUAUAAAAUGUAAUUCUACAAAUAAUAUUAACUGCAAUACUUACAUUGACCAGAAGCUGGCAGUAGAACAAUCAGUAACACAAACAAACCGGACCUCAUGAAAUCGUUUUGAGAAAAAACAACUCUCUUGGCACGCUCCACAAAUUUAAGAUAACACAUAGACAUCAAUAUUUAAUUGUGGUGAAGAAGAUUGGUCUGUUUUUAAUGAGGAAAGGCAAAACCACGCCUACAAUGACUACGCUGUGGAGAAAGGUAUAUAAAGGGCUGUGUGUGUUUGCAUAAUUUGGACAUUCUGCAGACUCUCACACUUAGUUGGUUUUCAAUAAAGUUUAUUUACUUUUUGACAUC